UUUAAAAUAAUUUCAUGUUAUUAUUUAGUGUUAAUAUGAUCUUCAAACGGAUUAACUUAUUUAAACCAUUAUAAAUGAAAGUAGCGUUUUAAACAUGGCCGAGCCUGAGGGGCAGAAUCUGCCCGGUGACACAUUUUACCGGAACACCUGCUGAAGCUGAGCUAGCUCCGUAAACUUUACGAUAUUUAAUCUGAGGACAGGCGGCGGGCGGCCAGCCGAGACAGAGCAGGCCGGCCUCAGAGGUACAGGAAAUGAGUCGAGCCGAGUGGUUUUCCACGAAGGCCAAAGUGGCCGUGGCGGUGGCCGUAAUCAGGAACCGUCCCCCGGGUAUGAGCGGCCGACAGCACGCCGAGGCUCUGGGCCGCGAGCUGAGGCUCCAGGACGAAGGCAGUAAGAAGAAAGCCGAGGAGCUGCAGCAGGAGGUGCUGAGGCUGCGGCAGGAGGUCCUGAUGGCCAAGGCGACGUCAGCCGGAACGAGCAGCACGCAGGCGGCAGACAGCAGCGGGAUGGACGACCCGUCUCAGGAUCUGUUCGGUUCAGGAAGCGUGGGGUUCAGUGAAGAACUUCAGCCAGACUGCGACUCAGAGACACCUGAUGUCUUCCAGCAGAACGCCGAGCCUCCCGCCGCUUCGCCUCCGCCACCGGUUCCCUCAGGCCACCGUGAAGAAGAUGCGCUGUGUCCUCACGUGCAGUUCCUGCAGUCGCUGUGCGCCCUGCACCGAGUGGAAGGACGUGGCAAAGGUCUGGAGGCUCUGUGGUUCGGGCGUGACGGAGACGCGGGGUCAGUGUUGGCCGACACGGUGUGCCGGCUCCUCGACUCCGUGGUAGCGGCCUGCAGGGAUCCUUCUGUGCUGGGAUCUCAUAACCUCGUCCUGAAGGCCUGCCAGGUCGCCGCCCGAGCGAUGGACCUCUACUGCUCUCAGCGGCUGCCGUCUGCAGAGCUCAUGAGGCGUGGGGAAGAGCCGCUGAGGGAGCUGAGCAGGAUGCUGCUGCACAGCGAUCAGCCUGGCAGGUCUCAGCUCGAGGCUGCAGAGAAGCUGAUGGAGUACCUGAUCACUGUGGGGAGCAGCCGCAUGUCAGCGUCUUUCCUCAUUGGUCACAUCCUCUCUGAGAUCAGCGCCCUGGCCGAUGAGCUCUGGCAGGCCUUCCAGGCGCAGCACGGCUCUGUGCUCGACGCGUUUCCUGUCGCCCGGUAUCACAACUCGUGCCGCCUGUUUGGCGUCCUGGAGGAGCUCCUGCAGAGGCCUGAGGUGGCGUCCAGGGUGGAGGUGGGGUCGGAGCGGGCGGUUUUCCUGAGCCACGUGGAGCAGCGAGUCUUUCUCCUGUCAGAUGAGUUUCCGCUGUUUUCCAUCCGAAUGUGGAGGAUCGGAGGUCUCCUCGGAUCUCUGAACAGGCAGGAUGGACCAGAGUGAAAUCAAACUGACCACAAGGAUACAUUUAUUGAUCUCUGAUUGUAACCAAUCUGACAAAAAGGCCACACCACUAAUA